AUGAACAAUAGAAACAUCGCUACCGACAGCAACCUCCACGUCCACGUGGAGGAGGCCCCCCCGCCGCCGUACUCGGAGACGGACAUAUACUCCAACUCGGGCGCCGGGCCUCGCACACCGACCGUCGCCAACACGGCAACCUCGCCUCGCACCGACGAUGGCGCGUCGCGCGUCUCGUCCUCGACCUCGACGGGCGAGCCGGUCUUGACGCCGCCCGACACUCCGCGCACCGCCUCCAACCCACAGCAGCAGCAGCAGCAGCAGUCUCAGCCCCAGCCCGGCGCCGCCUUAUACUUUGAGACGCGGCCGCCGACGCUCACCCCCACCGCCGCCGAGACGCUCGUCCACACCGUGAGCGUCGACGGCUCCUCGACGCCCGAUGAUGUGCCCUAUCGCGAUGAGUGGGCGGCCCGCGACGUCACCGCCCAGGACUGGGCUACCUUUGUCAACUUCCUGCUACCUGAUCACACCACGCGCGGCAACGAGGCCGUCAUCGACCGCAAGCUGAGGGCCGAGGGCCAUAGCGACACGUCGUCUCACGCCGAGGCGCAGCUCGGGCAUGUCCGCGAAUCCGGCCCCGAGGCCGUCCGUCGCAGGGAAGACGCCGAGGCGACGGUCCGUCAGUGGAACGAUGGCUUCUUCGGUCCCCGCGGCAUCAGCAUUCAACUCGCAAGGCUAGAUGACCCGGCGCCGAUGCCCGGGUCGUGGGAUGCGGCGUUCGACUUGGGCACGCCGGAGCAGCAACGGGAGCGUGGGCAGCAGGCGCGUGAGAGAGCCCAGCAGCAGCAGGAGCAGGCCCGGCAGCAACGGGAACAAGCCCAACAGCAGCGCGAACAGGCUCAGCAGCAACGCCAACAGCAGGGUGGCCGUGGCCGGACGUGGGGCGGCUUCAACAUCGACGGCGACCGCGUCAGCUUCGGCGACAAGUUCGUCGCCGACUCCAACGGGCUGCGCAUCGGCAGCCUCAUCAUGGACUCGAGUGGCAUUCGCAUGGGCGCUGGCGACGGGACCGGCCAGUCGGGAACGAGGGGCGUUGGACCGCAGCCGCAGCCGCAGCCGCCGACGGGGUCCUUUGCGGGACCGAGCAGGCAAGGGUUCGGAAACCACCACCAUGGCCGUCAUGAGUAUCACAGGUACGGCGAUCGUCACCGCCGCGGCCACGAUAUGGGCUGGGGUUGGGGCGGUCACGGCCUCCAGGGCGGCGGGCCACAUGGUCCUGAUCACCACGAAAGGGGCCGGCACUCCGACCGCAAGGGGCGCCAUCAUCGCUCCGAAUCGGCCGACUCGACAUCCUCGAGCUCCUCGUCGUCUUCUUCGAGCUCAGAAUCGUCCAUCGGGUCCCUCCCCGACUACGACGACGUCAAGGACCAGCAAAUGCCCCUGUACCUGGCCCGUCUUCAAGACUGGACGGCCCACCCCGAUCAGCACCGCAGCAAGGGCGACGUGAAGCAGCUCAAGGCCGAGCUCAAGGAGGCCAAGGCCGCCCCCGUGGACCCCAACAUGGACAAGAAGGCCCUCCGCGCGCAGAUCAAGGCCCUGACGCAGGCCUGGAAGCAGCUCAAGAAGCACCAGCGGAACGUUCGCAAGGCCACGAGGCGGGAGCGCAAGCAGAGGCGCAGGGCGGAGAAGCGGGAGCGGAGGCAGCACCGGCGGGACAUGAGGCGAUCACGCCGGGACGUCAGAAAGGGCCGCUCGGUCCCUGCGCCUCCGGGGAUGCCUGCCAUGCCUGCCAUGCCCGCCAUGCCCGCCAUGGCUGCACCCCCCGCGCCGCCUGCACCACCGGCUCCUGCUGCCCCUGCGGCGCCCCCGGCGCCCCCCGCGCCGCAUGCCUGGCACGGCGGGUGCGGUUCUCGGGGCGGCCAUAGCCCCUUCCCGGGCCCGCCUCAGAACAUGUUCGGGCCGUCUGGGCCGUUCGGCUCCCGCGGCGUCUUCGGCCCGGGCGGGCUCUUUGGCGGUCCCGGCGGCCGCGGGAAUCACUGCAGCUGGGGCGGUAGAGGUGGCGCCGCCGGCGGUCCGUUCGGCGGGCGGGGAAGCUGGGGCGGCCCCGGCGGUCCGUGGGGAGCAAGCGCCAGCCGGUCCGCGCCGGGCGCUUGGCCGGACGAGAAGCAGGACGACUACGGUGCACCCGACGGCCAUGGCCAGGGGCAGGAGUCAGGGGUGGCCACGCCGCCGCCCAGCGCCGCUGCGGCCGCGCAGUACCGAACCGCCGACAAGCUCGAGUCGGAGAUUCAGCGCAAGACGACGGCGGCCAUCGACCUCGAGAACGGAGCCGAGAAGCGCGCCGUGGAGAAGGAGCUCGAGGCCCUGACGGAGAAGCUCGAGCAGGUGCGCCUCCAGGCCGAUGAGGCGUAUGCGAGGGAACUGGCGGCGCAGUACGGCCAGUAG